CACGAAUGACGCGCCUCAACUCAACUCAACUCACUCAAGGGAGUCUCCUUCCUCACAAGAAAACUUCCUCCUUCCCUCCAUGCUCCAGAGCCAUUUUCUCUCUCUCACUAGGCGUUAACCUGAAAUCAUCCUAUUGAGGUUUCUCCGCCCGACAGAGCGAUUUGGAAGUUGGAGAACGCGUUCAUAUCCCAGCUCAACUCCACUCUGCGCUUCUCUCGCUUCUUUUCUCUGAUCAACACUUAUUAGUCAACUCAAACAGGAGCAACGCAUCCCCGGACUGACCCAUCGCACAUGGGCCGUCAGGGUGGGACGGAAGCAAGUCCUGUCCAAACAGCGAAGAGUGUCGAUAAUACAGGAGAACACGCCUUUUUGAUUGCGCAAUCGCUCUAACGCGUCCCGACGAGGGAGAUCCCGCAGUGUGACAAACGCUGUGAAAUGCACCGCCUUCGUUUCUCCAAAGUCAAGCCAGAAGGGUCAUCCCCCCACCACCCAACCCUGUCUCGCAACAUAAUAAGAAUACCGUCUGAAGCGCCAGGUAGCGCCGGACAGAGAGGCAUAGGAAAGCAGAGUAUAGAAAAAUCACACCUCCAAAGAACAUCCGCAACGAUGCUCGAAACAGUCCCGGGCUUCGCCUACCCCCUCGCCAAGCCAGCCUUCUACGCCGCCGUCCUCGAGCAAACCUCCGCCCUCGUCGACCCUUCCCUCCCGCUCACCUCCAACCUCGCAAACUUCUCCGCCCUGCUGUUCCACGCUUACCGCGACCCGCCCGUCAGCAGGGAGAUCAACUGGCUCGGUUUCUAUCUGACGAAGGAUGUUCUGGACGGUGUUGCCGGAGUACCAGAGGCGGGAUCACCACCACCAAAGGGACCGCCAAAACUCAUCCUGGCGCCGUUUCAGGGCCGGGUAGCCUGUACGAUCAUCCCGCCCAACAAGGGUGUCUGCGGCGCGGCGGCUGCGACCGCAUCAACGCAACUCGUGCCUGACGUGCAUCUGUUCCCGGGACAUAUUGCCUGUGAUUCGAAUACCGAGAGCGAGUUGGUGGUGCCGAUUGUGGUGGGAGGGAGGGUCGUGGGGGUGUUGGAUAUUGAUUGUUUGGUUAAGGAGGGGUUUGAUGAGGAGGACCGGGUGGGUGUGGACGGGUUGGUGAAGGUGUUGGUUGAGACUGCCGGGUUCAAGUAGAGUGAGAUAGAGAGCAAGGGUUGGGGGAUGAAAUGGCAGGACAUUUCGAGCAAUAUCUCACAUCUCGGCGUACUGCAGCUCUCAGAACAUAUCACUUCGUAUGAAACAUCAACAUUUACA